AUGGACAUGGAAAACCAAACUGAGUUGACAGAGUUCAUUCUUCUGGGCUUUUCAACUCUAGAGGAUAGCUAUAUUUUACUUUUUGGAGGGUUUCUAAUCAUCUAUCUGUUCACUGUACUGUGGAACACCUUUAUCAUUAUCAUAGCUAUAUUGGACCAGAGGCUCAGAACCCCCAUGUAUUUCUUCCUGGGGAAUCUCUCCUUUCUUGACAUCUGCUACACCACCACCACCAUCCCCCAAAUGCUGGAUCAUCUCCUCUCCCACAAAAGCAACAUCACUUACAUGGGCUGUGUGUUACAGCUUUAUUUUUUCUUCUCCUUUUUGGGUGUAGAAUGUCUCCUUCUGGCAGUGAUGGCGUUUGACCGCUACGUUGCCAUCUGCAACCCUCUGCGUUACACACUAAUUAUCAACAAAAAUAUCUGUCUCCAAUUGGCCUCAGCCUGCUGGACUGGUGGUUUCCUUAACUCUGUCAUACACACUGUCUAUGCAUUCCGGCUACCUUUCUGUGGAGAUAAUCGAAUUGAUGCUUUCUACUGUGACAUUCCACCUCUGCUGAAGCUGUCAUGUGGGGACAUCUCCCUCAACCAGAUGCUCUUACUGUAUAUUGGCUUGCUCAUGGCUUGGACACCUUUAGUAAGCAUCCUUCUAUCUUACGCUUACAUCAUUUCAACUGUUUUGAAAAUACAAUCCUCGGAAGGAAGGCAAAAGGCUUUCUCCACCUACUCUUCUCAUCUCACAGUGGUUCAUCUAUACUAUGGUAGUGCCAUCUUCACCUACUCAAGACCCAUGUCCAUUCAUUCAUCAGUUAACACAAAGCUAAUCCCCCUGAUGUACAGUAUCUUGACUCCAGUGUUAAAUCCUAUUAUCUACACCUUGUGCAACAAGGAUGUGAAACAAGCUUGGCAAAGCAUGAUGGGGAAAUUAUAA